UUGGUUUUGUGGUUUUUGGGUGGGGGCUAGUGUGUUUGGAAAGUAAUACACAGAAUACUGUAUUAUGUGUAUAGUGCUUUUUGUUUCUGCCUCAGCAGUCCCUAAGGUGGUUUUCCUGGUUUUGCCCAGUCCCCAGCUGUGGAAAGGUUAAAAACCACUGAUCUAGAGGAUCCAGAUUCUCUAGAUCCAGGAUCUAGUCCAGAUCCAAGUGAUGAUGGAUGUCGGGUUGAUGAGUUGGACAAGACACUGUCUCAAAGGGUUCACACAGAGCUCUUGGCCACAGGAGAAGAAAACAUACUGCAUCAUUUAGCUGGACAUGAAGGCCAUGCAUUUUGCUCUUCUAGCUUUUCAGAAUUGUGUCGGAACACUUCCUGAUACACAUGGAGAGUGUGACCUCCAAAAGCCCAUGCGAUUCUUGUUAGAACUAUUCUUCAUAUAGAACUUUUUUAAUUUGGCUAUUUCAGAUAACAAAGUGCAUUUUAUGAAAAUGACACUAUUUUUUCUUUCUUUUUCGCCUUCCAUAACUAUGUAUUUGGAGUUAGUCUUUUUUAUUCUUUCCGCCCAGUCUGAGUAUAUUUUUUUCCCUGCAGCCUAAAGCAUAAUUGUUUCUUGAUUGCUGCCAUACAAUUGCUUGAUUGUUGAAGCUAAGAUUGGGCUAAUACAAUCUGGGUCAAAGCAAAGGCUGACUGGUGGGUACAUGAAGGGAUUUUGGUCCUAUGUAAAAUGUGAUACUUUACACUGCAUCCCUGGCAAACGUUAAAGUAUGUGGAUUUGUUGCUUUCCAUAUGCAGUAGUCCUUCAUAUAGUUCAUAGCCACAACAGUAGCUAUAGAAUUUGAACUGAUUUUUCUUUAAAAUUAUACAGUCCUGAAGAUGUGUUCAUUACUUUCUUAGGCACCUGGGUGCACUUACUGGCGGAUGUCUUGGAAUAUUUUUUCUAGAAAUGCUGCAUUCACUCACAUUCUGGUUAUUUGGAUAGCAGGUAUUUAAAUUUAGGAUCAAGGUUUAUGAAGAGGUCAGCCUGAUUGCUUAAGGCUGCCAUCUUACCCUGGAACCCACUUGCUAUAAUAACCCCAGCCUAUCAUUUAAAAAAGUUUUCCUAGAACAUGAUUUCCAAUAAAUGUCUCAGGCUUUACAUACCUUGAUUCUGCUCAUUUCCACAUUUCUGCUUGUGUUUCUUGCUGUCUGUUCCGCAGGAGAACAAGAAAGCAUGCAGGUUCAUGGACAUAUUGAUGUGUAACAACCACUUCAUACUACCUAUUUGUCUCCUUAUUAGCUCUUCAUUUUACUGUUAUUCAGCUAUUUGUCAUUUCUUUAUUUCUAAAUUAACUUGUGCAUGUGUUAACAAGAAGCAUAAAUUGCAUUAAUGUUUGACCCCUUUUGUCUACUUGCAUGUUACAUUUCUCCUAAACAUGAGAUCUGUGGCACCAAAGCUGAGCUGUCUAAAACAACCUCAGUGCUUUUUAUCUUUUGCCAAUACAGAGUAGCAAGGUCAUCUUUAUCUUAAUAUACCACCCCAUUCCCAUAAAUUCAUUCUUCUGGAUUGUGUCUGAAUUUAUAUGCCUUGUGCCUUUUUUGUGAAUUUAACUACUAUCAGAGCAACUGCAUAAGAUGUGUGUCCUGGUGUUUGCCCAUUUUCCAUGGUGUCCAUCUGCCUUUGAAAUUUUGCACCUGGAUGAACUUAAUACUUCCUUCCUAUUAAGAAUCUCUUGCAGCUGUUCAUAAUAUCUCAGUUAUCUUGGUUAUAUUAAUUGUACAUUUUUCUCACAAAAUAUAUUUUGCUUGAAUGAUUUUUCAGAAAAAGGUUUAAGUGCAUUCCAAUGCUGUCUGCUCAUUCUGAAUGAAUUAGGGGCCAUGUUAGUUACUAGUUUCUUUCAGCAACCCUGUAUGGGUAAAGCGGUUGGCUCUCUGUUCCCCCCUCAGAGAAUGAAGCUGAAGUUGUUCAUUGGUACAGAUUAAGCAUAUUGGUUAAUAGAAUGACUCACUUUGAGUUCACUUUGCAUUUUAACCAGCACUUCCAGUCUCAGUUGGUGUCUAUAUGGGUACAUUUUAUGAUGCAAAACUUGUUCAAGAGAAAAGGAAUAAUGUUUGUAUGGAAAAUUCUAGUCUCUGUAUCCAAAGGGGAAAUCAUAUUAAUCUACUGCAGUGAAAACAACAUGUCUUGUGUCACCAUAAAAAGAAACAAAUUUAUUCUGGCAUAAACACUGUUGAAAUGCAUUAUGAUCCAUGAAAGCAUACACCAGAAUAAAUUUGUUAGUCUUUAAGGUGCCACAAGACUCAGUUUCUGAUAUUGCUGUUGAACUGUGAAUGUAACUUGCUGACAAAGUACCUGGUUUAUGUUAGGCCAAAGGUUUAAACUUCGAAAAAGAAUGGAUAUUUUUAAUGGGUGAUUUGCCCUCUGAGCUGUAGUUAGGCCUUAGAGAAGCCAGAAUACAAAUCCUAUAUUAGUGAUCUUUCUGCCUCCAGUGACUUAAGUGAAAAGGGCUCAUUCUGGAUGCAGUAACUGUGGAAAGUAAAUAUUGAAUGUUCACCUACUGUGAUUCUGCAUCCACCAUUUCAUAGUUUGUUAAUUUAUAAUAUAAUUUGAGCUACAUUUAUUCACAAUUAGGCUGCUUAUUCCAUAUCUGUUUACAUUUGUAUUUUACCCUAUUCUUGAGGCUUUUGCCAGUUUCCACAGAUAUUUAUAAUUUUGCACAGGAGAAGGAAAAAGAACAGAAGAAACAGACAAUUCCAUAAAUAACUGCAAGAUAGGAUUCUUGGCACUGAAUGGUACAAUGGAACUGAAAGUUAGGAUGGAGUCUGUGCUGAGAAAAAGGGACAUCAAGACCUCAUCUGCUCUGAGUUCUCUUGGCUGUUGGAUGGGCACAUGCUAACCUUUCUCACUUUGGGUAGCUGAUGCUUUAGGAUGAAUGUUUUCACAUUGACUCACAAGACACAGGGUUUGUUCUGCUAUAAACUUCUCCACUACAUAUAUGAUUGGUUCCUGUCAUUUUAUUGUAAAAAUGUGUGUGUGUAACAACAUAAGAUCCAUGGUAGAUUAGACUAUGAUCCAUCUAGUAUGGCAUUCUGUUCAUACAGCACGCAGCCAUGUCCACCCAAUUAGGACAUGAAUACAGGAGCAACUUCCCAGUCAAGUUACCCAGCAACGUUCAUACAUAUAGGCAUGGUGCUUCUGAUGCUGGAAGCACAUAUAGCCAUCAAGAGUAGUAGCCAUUAAUAGUCUUCUCCAUGAAUUUGUCUAACCCCCUUUAAAGCCAUCCAGUUGGUGACCAUUAUUACAUCUUGUGGUAGUGAAUUUCAUUGUUCAGCUAUGUGCUGUUUUCCUGUCAUCUUUUUGCUGACAUUCAAACUGACUCUCAAAUUCUUGUACAGGUUUAAUGACCAUGAAUCAGUAUACAAGACAUUACUACUAUACAUUAGACCAAGUUUGAAGAUGCUGAUUGGGCUGGAUCCCUUCUCAAACCUUCCCAGUGCCUUAGUUCUAUCUCCUGAGUAUGCCUGUUUACUGCUAUCCUGUCUCCAGUUCUGUCUGUCUAUCCCCCAGUCCCUGGUAUUGCCAGACAAUGAAAGCAUGCACUGUCACAGUGAUCACAUGGAGUUGCUAACAAAUUCAUGUAACGGUUCCCCUAUAUCUUGAGAAAGGAUUUAUACAGUUUCAAGUCCUCAUGAAUAGCACACAUCUUUCUUUGGUUUCCUUCUUGCCAUGUUAUCCUCUCUGUGCUUUGGCAACUUCACAUGCUAGAUAGGUAUAUCUUGGGUAUUUGCUGUGCAUCCCUUUCUCUUAUCAAAGUUCAUGCACAAUUGGUCAACAUGUAUUUAUAGCCCUAACACCACAUCACAAUUUUCACUUACAUACUGCUGUCCUUGGUACAGGUAGUUAAAGGGUAUGUGUAGGCAGAAAGUAUGUAUGUGUUUGGUGUUGAGAGAAGUUUCUUGGUCAACAGAGGAGUAGAACCAACAGUUUGAGAGAGCAGAACUAAUGAAGUUUAUUUCUGCCCCUGAAGAAAGAAGCCCCUUCAAUAUUGCUUUUGCCAAGAGUAGAUUUUUGAGAUUAUCCAAGCUGGAAGUAUCAGCUAAAAAGAAAAUGAAAGAAAGAAAAAGAGAACAGUAUGCCACCCUUUUCCAUUUCUCCAAGAUGGAGCAGCUAUUGGGGGUAUCCUUUCUACUUAUUUAAAAAUAUUUCUGUGCCAUCUGUCAUGUCAAAACAGGAUCUACAACAAUAAUAACUAUAUUAUACAAAUAUCAAUAGAUAUACAAAAAUAACCCACACAUGCUAAAAUAUAACCAGUAAUCAUGAGCUGUAAUUAAGAAUGACAGGCACCUCAAAUAAUCAUACAAUGAAUUCAUCAGAAUACGCUCAAGCUACGUUCCUACAUAGGAAAUGUAACCCUGUCCAGAAGAGGCAAACUGCCUAGUUCUAUAACACAAAGGCCCUAGGGUCUCUGUCUUGCCACCAUUCAGUCUCAAUGUAUUGUCCCCCAUGCAGCCUGCCACCACAUCCAUAUAUUGGACCUCUCUGAUCCAAAAAUAACAAGCAAAGUGCUGGGUACACUUGAUCUCAACAGUUCCAUAUAGAUUUGAAUAGCAAUGGAGAGAAAGUGAUAACUUUGUACUCCUGGCAAAAUUGCUAGGGCAGCAAAAAUAAUCAUUCCAUACUAUGAACCACUGUAUAACACUUCCCUGCUACCAGACAGAACUAUAUGAUACCACAGUCAAUAAUAUCAAAAACAACUGAGAGAUCAAGCAAAAGUAAGAGGCAUGCACACCUACAUCUUUCUUUUGAGAAAGGUCUUGCUCAGUUUGACCAAAGUUGAUUCAGUACCAGUAGCAGGUCUGAACCCAGAUUGAAAUAGUAUUAUCUUAUGCUUACACACGUUUUUGGGCUGCCAAGGAUACUGGGCAAAGAGUUGCCUGUGCUGCUGUUUUAAGCCUUGUAUCUCUUUAGCCACUUUAACAAGCGGCUGAAUUACUGAAUGUAAAAGUUGGAACUGUGAAACUGUACACUACUGCAGACAGAUUUGCCUCAGCUGGUUUGUUGUGGGAGGUCUGUGCAUUGUUUUUAGACAUUUCAGUCUCAUAGUUAAUACAUCAUGGAGAAUCAUGCGUUUGCUUUCCAUUUUCUUGUAACGUUCAGAAUAAGGCUCUGGCUACAGCUAAGCAAUUUUCUACUUUGUAUGUAACCACCAAAAUACAAAUAAUUGACAUGCCUACUUUUCCAUUUUGUGAGUUAAUACAUUGAGUGCCAGUAGCUGCCUUGAAUACACUUUUUUUUAGAAAGAAAGCAGAGUACAAAUAAAUGCACCCUAAGUUUUGUAUUUAGAAUGCUACAUUUUUAACACCAGCUGAUGACUUAAACUCUUGAAAAACUGUGUGCAAUGUGUAUUAGAAAAAGUAUCAGAACAAGUGAUCCAAGCAAACUUUUCAAAUGAAGUAGGCUUCAUUUCCAGUGAAGCCUACUUCAUGAUUCCUUUGUCAAGCAGUUGAUCCUUAAACUUAUUUUUUUUUAGUAAAUUCAAGAUACUGAACCUUACACUUGAAGAAAUUAACACUUUCCUUCCACUGCAACAAAGUAUGUUAACUUGAGAAGAUGUUAGAUAAGUUUACUUAAUUAAACAAUUGUUGCUCAUUAAUAACAUGAAAAGAAGGUGCUGAAUGAGACCAAACUGACCAGUCAUAUAUGUAGGAGGCCUACAGGCCAGGACAUGAGAGCAAUAAUCUUUUCCUGCUGUUGUUUCUAAGCAACUGGAAUUCAAAGGCAUUCUGCCUCUGGUCCUGGAAAUAGCAUAUUGCCACCAUGACUAAUUGCUAUUGAUAAAUUUAUCACUAUUUAUCUUCACAUGUUUUGGUAGCAAAUUCCAUAGAUAAUUUAUAUGCUGUUUGGAGGGGGGGCACGUCUUUUUGUCCUGUAUCUCCGGUCACCUCUGCUGAGUGGCCUCUGGAAUCUUACAAUAUUAGACAGAGAAAAGACUUACCUCAUCGUUCGCCAUAGCAUUCAUAAUUUGUAUAAACUUCUGCUAAUAACCAUCUUUAUUAGACUAAAAGCCUCCAAACAUAACUUGUGAUUGUAGUGCCAUUAGUCCAGCCCACUGUACAUUUUAGUUCUCUGUUUUCUCAUCUUCUGCAUAGAGCAAGGGUGUGCAACCUGUGGCCUUCUUGUUGGAUUACCAGCUCCUAACCAUUGACCAUACUAGCAGGAGUUGAGAGAAGUUGGAGUCAAACAGCAUCUGGAAAGGCACAGGUUGCCUGACCCUAACAUAGAGCUAAUAUUUACCAUAUUGAAGUCGGAUCAUUGCUGGUAGUCCUAGAAAAGAAAAGUUAAGCAUCUCUUUGAGGGUCAUACGGAAGCUGGAGAUGGAUGCAAGACGCACAUGGCUAAAAUUGCCAAAAUCCUAUUCACUGAAAUAAUCUGUGGUAUACCUUUUACUUCCUGGACCUAUGUUGUGUUUGUCUUUACCUUCAAAAUAUGUAGGAAAGGGCAGUUCAUUUGCUAUGGGAUGGUAAAGGGCAAAGAUGGUCUGAACACUCAGUAGUAGAUGUGGAAACAUUACCAAAUAUAAUCAGUAUUUUAAAGGUGGUAAGCCUGGAAUCUGAUGUACAAUUUGUGUUAGGGUUGUAAAGCUUGAAUGUGAAAUAAACCUAUAUGAAUAUGGGAAAAAUCAGUUUGGAAAAGAUGAAGAACUUUGGCAAAAUAUCAGGAUCUGAGACAUUGGAACAUAAGGAUGUUGAAACUGACAAUUUCUUAUUUAAUUGUGCACUUCUAUGAAAAAUUCUGCUAAUAAAUUCAUAUUUCGUAAUAUUUAGAAAUGGACUUCUCAGGCCAGGAUUGUCUGAAUCCUCAAUUCUUUUCAUAUGUGAAUUUGGAAGCCUUGCAGAUAUUUUCCUUUGGAACAUGUCUAUAGAUAUAAAUUCAGUACUGAAGUAAAGACUUGUUCUAUCCAGCAAUUGGAAUCUGGCCCAGAAGCAAAUAGCAAACAUGUCAUCUAGAUACAUAUAAUCAUAUUGCACCAUCUCACAAAAUUAACUUGCCUCCUAUUAGGAACUCACGAUAUCUUUGAAACGGACAUCAUUAUACUAUCUAAAGGAAUAUUUAAGGCCUCAUACAAACACCUUUUGGAUAGAAAGCUUGAUUGGAAGCUAUGAAGCUAGUUUGUGUUCCUUCUGCUCUAUUGCACACAACUAUCUUCAUGGAUCUGACACAGUGUUUAUCUGACAGUGCACUCAGUACUGCUUCGCCAGGGAAAAUUGCACAAAACAAGCCCAGUGCAUCAGCAUUUUUAUUGUGUACUGAGCUGAGUUCUCUUCACAUGGUCACAUCCCCUUUUUAAUCCUGGUCCCCAUGUUCCUUUCCCAGUCCAGCCUGUUUUUGUGGUGUCUGUUGCCGGUCUCACCCAAGCUUGCGUUCUUGUGGUUUGAGUGUUUUUGUGUGGAUCAGUGUGUUAAGACCUGCAGAACUUAAGUGGUGGUGUUCAAUUGGUUCGACAGGGCAGUGAUCUAGCAUUAGUGGUUUGUGGUAAGCAGAGAAGUGAUGGCUGCUUUUAAGUUGGAUUUCCUCCCAGAAAUGAUGGUGGAUCAUUGCUCCUUGAAUGCCAAUCCUAUGUAAGUAUUUUGUUUUCAUAGUUAAUCUACAUUGAUGCUGAUUGCUUUGAAUUUGUUGUUUUGAAGGUGAUUGGUGGUGGUGGGAUUUGCUUAAUGUCCUGUAUUAAAGAACCAAACCAGGAAUGAAGACCCUAGAGUUAACUUGUGAAAGCGAGCCAUAAUAUUCUUAGAGUUUACACAUUUUGAUCCAGAACUAUUAAGGGUAGUAGCCAAAAUAUUGCAUCCAUCAUCAGAUCCUGUUCCACAUGGGCUAAUUUUAGAGUGGGAUACUUAAGAGACAACUAAAUAGAAAUUCUGCACUAUAUUGGAUAUAUCUCUGCUGUUUAGACAGGAAUGCUAUAGGCACCUGUUCGUAAAAUUUUAUCACUUGAGAUUUGUAACUAUAACAUUUUUAGCAUGGUAGAUAUUGCAGUUUUACAUAUGAAUUUUUUCUUUGUGAAAAGGAACCUUAAUAUAGGUCAAACACAACAAUAAAAAUGACUGACCAAAAUUAAAUGCUACUAAUAUAUUUAGCUAUAAUGCGUUCUUCAAAUGUGCAUGAUUUUCUGUUGAGGUACUAGCUUCAUCGGAAUAAACUGGUUUCAGGUAAGUGCGGGACUGCAUUAAGCAUUUAUUUGAUUUUUAUCUAGGAGGAUCCACAAGGUGCUUUACAUAAAACAUAAUUACGUAAGGACUGCCUCUGCUCCUUCCAACACAUAACAUUGGAUUGGGAUAACAAUGAAAUAUCCAUAAUAGAAGCUCAAAGAAAAUGAAUGGCACACUGGAUCAUCCUGACCAGCCAGACAUAGAUGCCAUUAAGAUGUUUGUGGGCCAGGUCCCACGGAGUUGGUCUGAAAAAGAUUUGCGAGAACUAUUUGAACAGUAUGGUGCUGUCUAUGAAAUUAAUGUCCUGCGGGACAGGAGCCAAAACCCUCCUCAGAGCAAAGGGUGCUGUUUUGUUACAUUUUAUACCCGUAAAGCUGCACUAGAAGCACAGAAUGCUCUUCAUAAUAUGAAGAUCCUCCCAGGGAUGCACCACCCCAUCCAAAUGAAGCCAGCUGACAGUGAAAAGAAUAAUGCAGUGGAAGAUAGGAAACUAUUCAUUGGGAUGAUCUCAAAGAAGUGCAAUGAAAAUGAUAUCAGAGUGAUGUUUUCCUCCUUUGGACAAAUUGAAGAAUGCAGAAUUCUCCGGGGUCCUGAUGGCCUAAGCCGAGGUUGUGCUUUUGUGACUUUCACAACAAGAGCUAUGGCGCAAACAGCAAUCAAAGCAAUGCAUCAAGCACAGACCAUGGAGGGAUGCUCUUCUCCCAUCGUAGUGAAAUUUGCAGAUACCCAGAAGGAUAAAGAACAGAAGCGAAUUGCACAGCAGCUCCAGCAACAGAUGCAACAGAUCAGUGCUGCCUCUGUUUGGGGAAACCUGGCUGGACUGAACACACUUGGACCCCAGUACUUAGCACUUUAUUUACAGCUCCUUCAGCAGACAGCAGCUGCCUCCUCUGGGAAUCUGAACACACUGGGCAAUCUUCAUCCCAUGGGAGGGUUGAAUGCGAUGCAGUUACAGAACUUAGCUGCAUUAGCAGCUGCAGCAAGCGCAGCUCAGAGUACACCAAGUGGUACAACUGCACUCAAUUCUUCCAACAGCCCUUUAAGUGUGCUCACAAGUUCAGGUAUUGAUAGAUUCACUUGCCAGCUCACCAGAGCAGGUUCAUCGCCCAGUUCCAGUAGCAGCUCCUCUGUUAACCCAAUGGCUUCUCUUGGGGCACUUCAAACCUUGGCAGGGGCUACUGCAGGCCUCAAUGUUGGCUCUUUAGCAGGAAUGGCAGCGUUAAAUGGUGGGCUAGGCAGUGGUGGCCUUUCAAAUGGCACAGGGAGCACGAUGGAGGCCUUAACUCAGGCCUACUCCGGGAUCCAGCAGUAUGCCGCUGCUGCACUGCCCACACUCUACAACCAGAGUCUGUUAACGCAGCAGAGUAUUGGUGCAGCAGGAAGUCAAAAGGAAGGUCCAGAAGGAGCCAAUCUGUUCAUCUACCACCUCCCCCAGGAAUUUGGGGACCAAGACCUUCUGCAGAUGUUCAUGCCUUUUGGGAAUGUCGUCUCUGCCAAGGUUUUCAUUGAUAAGCAGACCAAUCUGAGCAAAUGUUUUGGUUUUGUAAGUUAUGACAAUCCAGUCUCUGCACAGGCUGCCAUCCAGUCAAUGAAUGGAUUUCAGAUUGGCAUGAAACGACUGAAAGUACAGCUCAAGCGCUCUAAGAAUGACAGCAAGCCAUACUGAGCGCCCCUCCCCUUUGGAACUGGAGUGAGAAGGAUCUUCUGGUAAGUUGGGGAGGAGUGCGCAUAGUGAUUCAGAAACUCUUUAAGGCUGUAUUUUUACAGUCACAGAAGCUGAUUGAUGUCAUUCUAUCUGGCACCUCUUCCCCUGAAGACUCGGCUGCAGCCUCUACUGGGAAUUCUUCGGAUGGAGGACAAGUUUGUGCUUUUGUUUCCAGUGUUUUACUUUGGAGUUUAGGUGCCAUAUCGCUUUUUUUUAAAGUUUGCUGUGUUUGUAACCAGUGUGUUUUGAGAAGGACCAAUGCCAGCCACCUUGGGGAGGAAAGGAAAACAGCAGAUGCAAUUGGAACUGACACUGCAUGACUUAGACAUGAGGAAGAGGAGAAAGAACUUGCCAGAACCCAAGUGAUAUUCAUGAAAAGCGGGGAGUGAGAUGAUCUAGUUCCAAACCACUUGGUGGCUGGUUAGUAAAUAGACCCUACAAAACCUUGCCAAACUCUCAUUUUCCCAGAUUUACUUAGCUAAUGCCUUAUGUGAGGACUUCGUACAGAAUAAUUCACUAGUGCAGGAGAAAAGUAGCUGGGCAAAAAUAUUCAUGUGUUGAAGGAAAACUGCAGUGAUGAGAAUGCUACAGUACAUCUCUGUAGUGUAGUGAGUCUGGCUGCAGCAUAAAAAUGAACUAACAACAUUUUUUGAUCAAACAUUUACAGUCCAGCCAGAGCAGCAAUUUAAAAAUUAGGCACAGCCAAACCAGUCAAUUUAAUGCAGAUGUCUUAACUUAUGAUCUGCUGUAAAUUCUAUUGUAUUUUGCAGAUUUUCUGUAUUGCUUCUUACUGUACAUAAAGAUGCAACUAGAAUCAGUACUCAUAAAGUACAGCUUAAACCCUCCUUAGUACUAAACUGACAGAUGGCUUGUAAAUAAGUUCACAUUGCUCUGAUUUCUGGCAUUCUGCUCUUUUGCACACUUUCUGCAUGUGAGUGUCCAGAAUAAUACAGUCCCAAAGGACUUUUUUCUUACUUUUUUCAUCCAAACUACCGUUAUGCUACAUUGCAGUUUUCCUUUGAAUGCAUGUGCCAUUGUAAAGCAUUAAGGUACAUGCAAAAGGCUGAACCUGCACACAAUCUUGAUCCUGCCUUUAUAUUGUUUGUAGUCCAAUACACAGUUACUCAACAGUGAAAUUUAUUCCCUUGGUAAUACACACCUGCUUUUUUGCAUGUGUGUUUGCCAAUGUGUUAAAGGAAUUUUUGUGCACACUGACAACAUGAGUCUAACAAGAUGUUUUAACUUUCUGGCCUGAGCAGUGGCAAGGUCGAUAAAGAAUAUAACCCUAGAAUCACAAAAGCCAUCUCUGUUCAUGGGGAAAUUUACAGCAUUAUGCAGAGAUUCAAUAUACUCUUACUUCCACAGUAUAUACUCUUUCCCAUAUCAUCAUGCUUUUUCACAGUACACCAGUCAACUCACAGGUUUUGUGCUUGGAAAUUAGGUAUUUAGGGGGAGAAGGAAACAGAUUAAAAUAACAUUAGCUUUCAAUUCAUUCCCAUCAGGAAGAGCCACACAAUUCAUCAAGCUUUAAAUGCUAUUUCAGAAGUUCUGGGCAUAAUAAAGCUUAGUAGGAGAAUCCAACAUGACCAGGGACUGGGUCCCCUGGUCUGUUAAACCUCAGAAGUAUAAAUUGUGUAAGGCCAUCCAUCUCAGGCCAUGUGAAAUUUUUGGAUGAAUUUGGAAGUUUGGUUGUCACAAACGUAUCUGUAAUCUUGCUGGGUGGCAUUAUAUAAACUUUUAACUGUCAGUAUUAUACGCAUACAUAGCAGUGGCAAAAAGACUGAACAGUCAGGCUGCCAAAUUUCCCAUUUAUGCUGGCAUAUGGUAUCCUUCUGUGUUGAAUAUUUAGGUCUAUUCAGAAGCAUAUGCAUACACUUAGGUGAACUGUAUACACUGAAUUUUGUGCACUAGGAAAAGUUGUGUCCUGAUAUUCUGAGGGGGGAAAAGUGUUGGAGUGUUGAGGCUUCCAGAGUUGUCAUGGGAUUUUUUUUUAUAAAUAAUAUACUUUUCAGGAAAAAAAUGGUCAUGGUUGGGAGCAGCUGCUCCAGGUGCAACCUGAUAUAGCCAAGAAUGUUGUUUCUAUUUUUAUAGAAGUUUUAUACUGCUCUAGGAUGGAGAAUAUUUAUUAUCUAAAUUAUUUCACUGGAAAUGACCAGGGUUUGCAUAAUCCUGAAUGUGAUUGUGUUACACAUACAUACAACAAUGUACAUGAUUGAAACUACUGACUUUUUGGUGGCCUGUUUGCAGAUGGACAAACUGCUAAAUAGGAAAAGAAUUAAUGCUGUGAACUAGUGGAGGGGGAAAGCUGUGCUCAAGUUUCUCUAUAGUCACUCCUCCCAGUACCUCCUCUGUCCCCUUCCUCCUCUCCUAGUUCCUUGUUUGUUUCUCCUUUGGCCACCCAUUUUGUCUUCUCUGAAUAAUGUGUUCUGUCACUCUUUAUUUAAUGGUCAUAAUUUUCAUAACCUAUCUGUACACUCUCAUUAUGGCCCCCAUGAAUUAAAUCAUCAUCCACUGAAUUAACAAGAUAACAGCUAUAAUAUUUUCAAAGAAGUAUGAAUCAUGUGAGUGAAUGUCCUUAUCCCAAGUGAUGCUGUUACUAAAGUACAAAUAUCCAUGUUAAAGUCCAAAAAUCAAACAUUUGGAAUAUAUUGGUAAAGUUCUUGUGCCUUCAGUGCUGCUUCUCUGAGUUACUUUAGCUGGAAUACUUGAACCAAACUAUGCCUUUCUCCUCAGUUCCACUUGAUCUAUUGAUCUGGCUAUGCAUGUUUUUCAGAUCACAUAAUAAAUUAAUUAUCUGGGGUAGGUUCUCUAAUGGAAAAAGAUAUAUAUCUAACAUGUCACACUGCUUUCCAGUCUUGAUCCAAUCUGUCAUGUGUGUUGUUUUUCUGCUUAAUUUAUUCCUUCCCCACCUUCCCUUUCUAGUUUUGAGCUGUUACUUUGGCAGGAAGCCCUGGAUAUUAUCAUGUGUUCUGUCCUUCUGAAACAAAUCAGAUUGGUCAUCUGUGUUUAGACCAGUGCAACAAAUAGAUCAUAUUGAAAAGCAUACUGAUUAGUUGUGCUGUAUCAAAAUAGCUAUACAUCAAAUUAUAUUUAACCAUGAACAUAAUUUUAGGUGCAUUUUAGAUUAAAAUAGAAUAGAAUUGAGUCUUCAAAUAUAUGGAGACAUCAGACUGGAAUGAAUAAAGAAAAACAUGUUAUACUAAAAAGUAUUGCAUGCAGGCAGUAUUCAUGAGGCAAAUAAUAGAAGUAUCACUUUCCAAAAAAGCCUUAUUUUUAUAAAAAAUAAGAAAAGAUAGACUCUUGUCAGUUGCUGAUGGAUUUGCUGUAUGAGCAUAUGGAUUUUCUUUGUGACUCUUUCACCUGUGAGUGUGCCUUGCUGAUGCUUGUGAAUGUGUGGAUUUGCUGGUGCAAGAGAGAUUCUGUCUGGUAUACUUCAUAUUAGGAAUGAAAGUCCCAACAAUACUGUUUGUUAGCCUGACAUAGUUAACUUCUGUAAACUUCUCAUUCCCUCAUUAAAUGCACUGGGUUUGAUCCACAGUCUGCCCCCACCAGUGGGAACACUCCCCAAGUGAAGUUCAUCUCAGGACAUGCCAGUUGGAAGGCAGUUUUUGCCAAUCCCUCUUCCUUCCACAGGCUCCAAUGACACCUUCACUGUUCCAGGGUGCGGGAGGUAUAGGGGACUGUAGGAGGAGUGUAAUAAGUAAAGAUAACUUCGUUGCCUGCUUGGACAGCAGAAAUGUUCCUCUCUUAUCAGAAGGCCUCUCCUGAUAAGAGCCCUUCUGUCUGUGGAACAGACUUUGGGUCUGAGCCAAUGUUUUCUCAACCAAAGCAAUGUUCAAAUCAACUAUAGUAGCAUAGCCUAAUACUUGUCAAAAUAAAUAACAGGUCAUGAUCCAUUUAGAAUAGGAUAGCACGGGAGGACGUUAUAGGGUCACUGACUGUAAAUAUAAUUGUUAAAACAGGAUGUCAGGAAGUACCUUUGAGAGCAAAUGGAAGAGAAUUUAGGGUAGAUCUAAGUACAUUUUCCCCAGUAAUCACAUGCUGCCUCAGUUUUUUGUGUACACCAUCUCAUUAACAGAUUGCAUAAAUGUAUUUGUCCUUGCAAAUUAUGUCUUUUGUGUUAUGCCCUCUAUUAGAGAUUCUGUCAGCUCUAAAAAUCUCUCUCGAGUUGUUUUGGACAAAAUACCUUCCAUUCAAGCUGGCAACAGUGACUGUAGAACUUCUGAGAGUCCAGAAUUCCUCCUCACAAAAUCAGGGAGCAGGAUUUAUUUAUGGAAAGAGUUGCAAAAAGUUUAUUUGCAGGUAUCAUAGUAAAAAGGGCUCAGCUAAGGCAAGUCCUACUUGCUGUCAAGUCUUAAUUCCUUCCUAUUUCAUAGGGGUUUCAGUUCCACCUUAUGCCACUUUUUUGGUUCUCCUUGUUUCCUAAAGAAUAACUGAAACAAAGAGGAUGGAUUACUUGGGCUGCAACUGCCUAAGCAGGAAAAAAGAAAGUAUCUCAAGUAUCAAUCCCCCAGUGAUUCUUUGUCUCCCGUCUCUGAGAAACUGAACCUCCCUGGAACUACAUUUUACGGAGUCAGGUUCCAGUGAAGGGAGCUAACUGUGUUGUCUUCCUUGAGCAGAGGUAGAAGGAACACUGGCUCAGGGCUGUGAUGAAAGCAUAGCCACUAUGUGCCACUGUGCCAUAGUCCCUUCUGUAGCCAGUGUCUAAAGGGAAUCCUAGGUCUCUGCUUCAAUUUGAUUUCCAGCAGUUGUUCUCAUUUAUUCAGAGUCUUACACACUUCACUUUUUACUUGUUCAUUGUCGGCAUGUGCUGCCCUCCCCUGUCAACUCCCCUCCCCGAGAGGUCUCAUUGUACAGUGCCCAUUCCUGUUCUCUCUCUCUCUCUCUCUCUCUCUGUUUGGAUGUACUGCUCUGUGUAACUCAGUGGGUCUCCUUCUUUCUGGUUUGUUUUUUUUUCUAGAUUCCUGCCGUUUGUUCAUCGUUGUGCCUAAAGCAUGUCGAUGUGGCGUUCAAGUACAUCGUCCAAAUCCUUGUCUCUUCAGCUUCUCUGAUGCUUGAACUCUCACCUUUUGACCUUGUGUUGACUUUUGAUGCUGAUGUGUAUUUUUAUUAUGUUUGUUUCUUCUUUCUUUUUUCUUUAAUCUUUUUUUCUUUUUUUCUUUUUUUGUGCUGCCAAAUUGGUUUUGCUAGAAAGACUGCUGAAGGGGAAUAUUUAAACUUGCAUUUGAAUAUAAAAGAAUUCUAUUUUUCUAGAACUUCGUAAGAUAACCACUUGAUUUUGUGAUUCUGAUUCUUUGUAAUUGUCUUCAGAGCAGCCUUGCUAGCAUACCUUGUGGAGUAUUUGUAUUUCUGUGAACAUACAGCCAAUCACUUUCUAGGCUUAGUUUUUUCUGUGUGCUUAGUUUUAAAACAAAUCUUUGAAGGAAAAAGUAAAACGAUGCAACUUAAAACUUUCAGGAGGCUUCUGGUCACACUUUGCUGAAUCUACUUUCUGUGCUUGAGGAGACAGCAUGUAUUCUUUGACUUGAGUAGCCUCAGCAGAAAACACUUGAACUACACUUUCUCCUGAUUGUAGCUGCAUUUUUGCCCUGGCACUUACUGCUUUUUCCUUCCUGUGUGAUUAUCAGCCUUUGUCUGCAGUGAAAGUUUAAUCAAAGUUGGUGUUGUAUUUUGUUAAACCCUAGCAUGCUUAGUUUUUUGUAACUACAAUCUCCUCAGCAAAAUGUGAGAUUUUGUUUGUUUUUUUCCUUUAAAAACUCAAAUAAUGCCCUUGUAAACGUUUUGCAUGUUUCCUGCUGUGUUCUUCACAAUCUUGUAUAUAUACACCCUUCACCUCUGUUUUCUAUAGUUUGUGCAAAAACUGAGCAAUUUAAUAGGUUUCAAAGCUGUCCUUUUUGGGAUGCCAGACUUGUGGUCAUAUGUCACGUCAGGACAUCUCCUGUGCAUUUAGACUGCUCUACACAGUAUCUACACCUUGCUCUAUCAUCACAGCUAUGGAAAGGUCUCAGGGGGCUUGAUUGCACUGUUCUGGUGGUGGUAGUGGUGAUGGUGGCAGCAGGGAUAGAAGUUCAACAGAAAGAUGUGGGAUGUUUGCAGUAAUAUUGCUUCUAAGAUCCAUUGGAGCUCCAACUCCUUUGGAGUAGCCUUAAUUUGUACCACUUGUUUAAUAUGUGGCUUGCUUUGUGAGAUUUAACAGCAUCAAAUCUCAGUGGAUUGAAGCACGAUUGCUCUCCAGUCUUUACACUUGAAGUAGCAUGUUCUGUAUAUCCCAUAGAAGGAACCUGUAAUCCUAGACACAAAACUGCUGGCUCUUUCUCCAAGUGACAAGCACAAUAUAACAGCCUAUUAGCUGUUACCUAACAGGGUACCAACCCCGGCUCCUUUUCUCAGGGGCCUUAGCUGGGGAUCUCCUCAAUGGAGACUUUUUUUUUUAGUUUUUGUUCUUAAAUUGGGUAAGGAGUCAUGCAGUUUUUCUUUUUUCUUCCUUCCCCCUUUCUUUUCCUCCCCCCUCCCCCCCCCAUUGCUUUCUGGCCUGAUGAAGAAAUAGGACAGAUUAUCCUUCUUUGGGAGACAUGCUUCAGCCUUGCUGCAUGUAUAACCUACUGUAGAAGCUGAGACUUUAGUACUGGGUUUAGCAGCACCUGCAAGAAAUUCCUGUAGUAGGUGCCAAAUCACAAGGAGCAAAGAAGUAGGGAAGCUAGGAUGGAACUUCAACGAGAAGGAGGAGUGUGAAGCAAAACAUAUGAAGAGUUAGGGGUGUAUAAGAGACCUAUCUAGGCCAUAUAGAAUGUUAGUUUGUUCUACUGGGGACAAAAAAGCCCCCACCCUAUUUUUGGGUGGGUAAUAUUUCUCCAUGCUUGGUAGAUAAAUAUGCAUUAGGUAGCUUUUCCUCAGCUUUGAGAUGAUCACCUUUUGAGGGUGAACGUUGCUUGAAAAGGGAUAUGGCUGUAUUAUCUGGGGGUACAGCUGUGAGAUGGUUGCUCAUAGGCUUACAGUCACAAUGCACAGGGAUGUCUGAUGGCAGGGAGGCCGAGACCCUGCAAUGUAUUGAUUAAUUUUGCCAAUACAUUUCUUUACAAUGUGCGUACAGUUUCAUGAGGAACUCUGGAGAAUCCUGUGGAAAAAAGUCUCUGGAGAAAACCAAAAUGCCAAACAUUGGAUGUUCCUUUUCUUUCUUCUUUCCUUUCUUUCUUUGGUUGUUUUAAUUAUUCUGUGGUGGUUUUAAUGAAUUUGAGACAGUAAAGCAGCAGCUGCCUUUUAUUUCUGGCUGCUUUUUGUGAAUAAUUUAAAAAAAAAAGAAAAUUUACAUUUUGGAAACAAACCUGUGGGCUUUUUUAUUGGUACAAACAUUGUAUUUAACACUAGGGGUUUUGUACAGUUUUUUGCCUUUUCUACUAGAAAACAAUGUAAAGUGAUUCACAAAUGUGACAAGAAAACAAAUUGCCACUAUGACCAAAUGUAGAGUCUGUUCUGCAGUAACAGGAUUUAAUCAACUCAAAGUCGUGAUUCUGUUGUAGCAAUGCUUUUCUUUAUCUUGUUUGAGCUGUUCCUUUUUUCUUGUUUGGUUUGCAAAACAAAAUGUCUUUUUUGUGUGAAAUUGUGUUGUACUCUGUAGAAAAUUAUGGAUUUUUCUUUAAUGGUUUAAAAAAAUAACAGAAGCACAUGUUGCUUUUCUGAUCACGGAGUUUGUGUAGUGGAUUUAAAAAUGAAAGUUUUGUUACAAGUUUGGAACAAGCAAAUAUGUAUUAUGGAAUUUUCUUCCUUUUGUGUGUGAUUUCUUUUUGUCCCACUGGGGAACUUAAAGCUGUUUUAAUUGCACAGACACACAGACAAGAAGUCAUUUUGUAUAUGCCAAGUGUGGUACCUCCCUUUGUUUAUUUGCUAUUAAACUGUUUGAGAAGAA